CCUGUCGUAGCAUACUCGACAUUGACAUGUGCGUGUUAGAAAGUUACACAACAGUUUAUACAAUGAACGUUUAGGACUGGCAGCAGGUUAUGCGUGGAGUACCAGUGUUCAGCUGAACUGCAGGGAGGAUGGCGAACGACAUGGAGCCAAUAAACAAAGAUGCGAAAAGCAACCCUGCUGCAACAGCUAAUCUCUUCUCACAGAUAUUUUUCUGCUGGCUGAACCCUCUUUUCCGUAUCGGAUCUAAGAGAAGACUUGAAGAAGAUGACAUGUUUAAAGUGCUUCCGGAGGACGGUUCCAAGAUACUCGGGGAGAAACUGCAGAGCUGCUGGGACCAAGAAGUGGAGAAAGCAACCAAAGAACUCAGGACACCCAAACUUACCAAAGCCAUUAUCAGGUGCUACUGGAAAUCUUAUGCAGUACUGGGAGUCUUCACUCUUAUAGAGGAGGUGAUCAAGGUGAUCCAACCAGUGUUUUUGGGACAACUCAUUCGGUAUUUUGAGAACUAUGACCCCGAGGACAUGCCAGCUUUAUACAAAGCCUAUGGAUUUGCAGCAGGUGUCUCUCUAUCCACUCUGUUUCUGGCAUUACUCCACCACCUCUACUUUUACCACGUCCUAAGAGCUGGAAUGAAAAUCCGCAUUGCAAUGUGUCACAUGAUCUACAGGAAGGCGCUGUGCCUUAGCGCCACAGCUAUGGGCCAGACCACCACAGGGCAGAUUGUUAACCUUUUGUCGAAUGACGUCAACAAGUUUGAUGAGGUGACUAUUUUUCUGCACUUCCUGUGGGUAGGACCUCUUCAAGCCGCAGCUGUGAUUGGUCUGCUUUGGCAAGAGAUUGGACCAUCAUGCCUUGCAGGCAUGGCAGUUUUGCUCUUUCUUAUGCCACUUCAGACCAUGUUUGGGAAACUGUUUUCCAAGUACAGGAGUAAGACCGCAGCUUUAACUGACAAUAGGAUACGCACUAUGAAUGAGGUGGUAUCUGGUAUACGUAUAAUUAAGAUGUACGCCUGGGAGAAGCCAUUUGCAGCGCUGGUUACUGAUGUACGAAGGAAGGAGAUCUCAAAAAUCAUGAAUAGCUCUUACCUCCGUGGGCUGAACAUGGCCUCGUUCUUCACGGCGAAUAAAAUCAUCCUGUUUGUGACCUUCACCGUGUACGUGCUAGUGGGCAACACCAUCUCUGCCAGUCGUGUGUUUGUGGCCGUGUCGCUUUACAGUGCCGUCCGCCUCACCGUUACUCUGUUCUUCCCCUCUGCUAUCGAGAAAGUGUCUGAGACUGCCAUCAGCAUCCGGAGGAUCAAGAAGUUCCUCUUGCUCGAUGAGCUUGUGAGAACCAACACCCCCCUUUCUCAGGAGGAGAAGAAAGAGGCAUCUGUGGAGAUUCAGGAUCUCAUGUGCUACUGGGACAAGACUCUGGAUGCUCCAACAUUACAAAAUCUGUCUUUUACUGUGAAGCCAGGUCAACUUCUGGCUGUUAUUGGUCCUGUGGGGGCUGGAAAGUCCUCUCUCCUCAGCUCUGUUCUGGGAGAGCUUCCUGCAGAAAAGGGUGUUAUAAAGGUCAAAGGUGAGCUGACGUAUGCCUCACAGCAGCCUUGGGUUUUUCCAGGGACCAUUCGGAGCAACAUACUCUUCGGAAAGGAGCUGCAGCCCCAGCGAUAUGAGAGGGUCCUCAAAGCCUGUGCACUCAAAAGGGACAUGGAGCUGCUUCCCGAUGGGGAUUUGACUGUGAUCGGAGACCGAGGAGCAACUCUCAGUGGAGGGCAGAAAGCUCGAGUCAACCUGGCCAGAGCUGUGUAUCAGGAUGCUGACAUUUACCUGUUGGAUGAUCCAUUGAGUGCAGUAGAUUCUGAAGUGGGCAGACACCUGUUUGAACAUUGUAUUUGUGGUAUUCUAAAGGAGAAGCCCAGGAUCUUGGUUACUCAUCAGCUGCAGUUCCUGAAGGCUGCAGAUCAGAUCCUGGUUUUGAAGGAGGGACACAUGGUGGCAAGCGGCACAUACUCUGAGCUCCAGCAGUCGGGAGUAGAUUUCACCUCUCUGCUGAAGAAGGAUGAGGAAGAGGAGGGUGGGAGUGAAAAAGGAGAGGCUCCUCGCUCCCCCCGCAUUCGGACCCUCUCCCAGAACUCCAGUCGUUCCCAAACUUCAUCCGUUCAAUCUGUUAAAGAUGAAUCCGACCAGCUGCCGAUGGAUCAUGUGCAAACCAUGGUCGAGGAGACGCGCUCGGAGGGGACUAUUGGUCUUCGCAUGUAUUGGAAAUAUUUUCGAGCUGGAGCAAACGCCUUCAUGUUGGUUUUUGUUGUGCUCCUCAACAUUUUGGCACAGGUUUUUUACAUCCUUCAAGACUGGUGGCUUUCAUAUUGGGCCACAGAGCAGGAGAAGCUGGACUCCUCGAAUAUCACUUUAACAAACGGCGCUAACACAACUCAGACCCUCAACCUGGAUUUCUAUCUGGGCAUCUAUGCAGGCUUAACAGGAGCCACCAUCAUCUUCGGCUUCAUGCGUGGUCUGAUUAUGUUUAACUGUCUGGUGAGAUCAGCGGAGACAUUACACAGCCGUAUGUUCAACAGCAUCCUGAAAACCCCGGUCCGUUUCUUUGACAUCAACCCUAUUGGAAGAAUCCUCAACCGGUUCUCCAAAGACAUUGGCCAGCUUGAUUCCUUACUUCCCUGGACAUUUGUGGACUUUAUCCAGGUGUUUCUUCAAAUCAUUGGAGUCAUUGCUGUGGCUGCUUCAGUCAUCCCUUGGAUUCUGAUUCCUGUGCUGCCCUUAUUAAUAUGCUUCCUGUUUCUACGCCGCUACUUCCUGCGGACAUCUCGAGACGUUAAGCGCAUUGAAUCCACUACUCGAAGUCCUGUAUUCUCCCAUUUGUCUUCCUCACUGCAAGGCCUCUGGACCAUUCGUGCCUUUAAAGCUGAGGGAAGGUUUCAGCAAUCGUUUGAUGCCCAUCAAGACCUGCACUCAGAGGCCUGGUUCUUGUUCUUGGCCACUUCACGCUGGUUUGCAGUGCGGUUGGAUGGAAUGUGUUCUGUGUUUGUGACCAUAACUGCCUUUGGAUGUCUUCUUCUUAAAGACAGUAUGAAGGCGGGAGAUGUGGGAUUGGCCUUGUCUUAUGCAGUCACCCUUAUGGGAAUGUUCCAGUGGGGCGUUAGACAGAGUGCCGAGGUGGAGAACAUGAUGACAUCAGUGGAGAGAGUGUUGGAGUACACGGAGCUAGAAAGUGAAGCACCUUGGGAAACCCAAAAACGCCCCCCUCCCGAAUGGCCAAAUCGAGGCCUUAUAACCUUCGACAAGGUCAACUUCUCUUACAGUUCUGAUGGACCCGUCAUCCUCAAAAACAUCUCCGCCAUGUUCAGACCUAGAGAGAAGGUUGGAAUUGUUGGACGGACCGGUGCAGGGAAAAGUUCCCUGAUUUCAGCACUCUUCCGUCUGAUGGAGCCAGACGGUAGAAUCUUCGUGGACGGAGUAUUGACCUCAGAGAUCGGCCUGCACGACCUCCGUCAGAAGAUGUCAAUCAUCCCGCAGGAUCCCGUACUGUUCACAGGAACCAUGAGGAAGAACCUAGACCCCUUCGGCCAGCACUCAGACCAUGACUUGUGGAACUCUCUGGAAGAGGUCCAACUGAAGGCUGCUGUGGAGGAGUUGCCUAGUAAGCUCGAGACAGAACUGGCUGAGUCAGGAUCAAACUUCAGCGUGGGCCAACGACAACUCGUCUGUCUAGCUAGAGCCAUUCUGAGGAAGAACCGUAUUCUCAUCAUUGAUGAGGCAACUGCGAAUGUAGACCCACGGACAGACGAGCUGAUCCAGAAAACCAUCCGGGAAAAGUUCAAGGAAUGCACCGUCCUCACCAUCGCACACAGACUCAACACUAUCAUAGACAGUGACCGCAUCCUGGUUCUAGAUGCAGGUCGGAUCCACGAGUAUGACGCCCCCCACGUCCUCCUACAGAACCAGAACGGGAUCUUCUACAAGAUGGUGCAGCAGACGGGCAAGGGAGAGGCAUCCUCGCUCCUCCUGACCGCCAAACAGGCUUACAUGAACCGCAGUCCGACCCACCAGCUCAACGGUUUCGCCACCACUGGAGACGGCAGCUUGGUUAUCUUUGAGACUGCCCUAUAACAGCUGGAAAGCGGAUGAUGUACACGGGGCACGGCUAUCCCAGCAUGCUCAGCUUCUGAGAAGGCAAAAGCCACGAGUUCUGCCUCCCUCGCCGAGCGGAGCAGGAGACGCGCACACACGCCAACAUCUCCAGAGAGGACAGGCUGCGGUCACACGAGAGGAAGCACCAAUUCAACUCUACACCAGCGGUCUGAUUUCUCCAUUAUGAUGCCACUUACACACUGUAUAUUAUGAUUAUGAAGAUGUGCCUUAAUGUGUAAGUAUAGUACACGACUGCUAUGGGCCAAAGAGAUUUCUUGCCUUUGCUGAAAUGAAACACUAUACUAUGAUCCAGACUAAUUCAGUUUUACCAGUGCCUUCACACUCCAUGAUCCUUAAAAAGCUGCUGAUUCUGACAACACGAUAAGGCCUUCUGGACAUCAGGACUGAGGGGUCUCUUAAAAAGAGUCAGAUUUAAAAACAGCAUCUGUUUUUUUAUUAUUAAUAUUACACUUCAUUUGCCUUAAUCAAAAACAAAAAACACUUUGUAGAGACAGCUUAGAGAGAAACAUAUUGCUGGAAAACAAUCGUUCUGAAAAACUAAUACUAAAAACACUGAACUGUCAUGUUUUUGUUUAAUAUAACCUUUAAAUGUAAAGCUGUCCCUGAUUUUAAAAAAUCAAACACCAGUGUCAUUUAAUGGCAGUUAUUCCUUCUUAUGUUUUGUCAUUUUAUGCUUUAAUUUGUGUUUUCUGUCAUUGAGCGGUAAAGAGAGAGAAAUUUGUAGUACCAGCCUUUUUUUGUAGAAUCCAGUUUAGCCCCAAAGCUUUAUUUAAAUGAAACCACUGAUUUCAGUAUUUUUUAAAUUUUUGGUUAUUUGCACAAGAAUUAAGUUUAAUGUUUGUUGUCAAAUAUCUGGGACUGUUCCAUUUAAACGACAACAUGGUUUCUGCUGGUUAAAGAAUCAGUGUUUGCUGUUCAAAACUUGCAGAAAUGUUCAAAUUUGUGUUUUGAAAUUGUCAUAUCAGAUUCUUAUAUUUGGAUUAAACCACUUG